AUAAUUAAAUAAAUUUAUAAUGGUAAAAGUGAGAUAAGCAAAAAAAAAAAAAAAAGAAAGAAAAAAAGGAAAGUACCAUUACGAAUACCAGCCACAUUUGCUAAGUGCAUGAAUCAAACCUCUCAUCCUUCCUCUAUAUAAACCCCUAUGAUCUCUUCUACUUCUUCUCAGUGCUUCACACACUCCAUUCUUCAACUUUUCACUCUUUCUUUCUCUCUCAAUUUUUAUUUUUUAAUUAAAAAGAGUCAACUAAUUUAUAAGAAAAAAAAAAAUGCCUUCCUCUUCCAUAAUUCUAGUCUCAAAAUGUGUAGUUGUUCCAGAACAAAACUCCAUGAUCGAAACUCUAAAGCUUUCAGUCUCUGAUAUCCCUAUGCUUUCCUGUCAAUACAUCCAGAAAGGUGUUCUCUUCUUCAAUUCACCAACUCACUCUAUUAAUGACUUAAUCAAUUCUCUGAAACAAUCCCUCUCUGUGGCUCUCCUCCAUUUCCCUGCCCUCGCCGGCCGUUUAAUUACCGACGAUGACGGCCACGUCCACAUCCACUGCAACGACGCCGGCGUCGAUUUCAUUCAUGCCAAAGCAAAACAUCUCGCUGUUCGAGGAAUUCUUCCACCGGAUCGCGAUGUUCCUGAUUGUUUCAAGGAGUUUUUCGCCUUUGAUCGGACCGUAAGUUACUCUGGUCAUUUUAAACCCUUGCUUGCCGUUCAGGUGACGGAGCUAUCUGACGGCGUUUUCAUUGGAUGUACUGUCAAUCACGCCGUUACGGAUGGGACCUCGUUUUGGCACUUCUUCAAUACCUUUGCUGAAAUUUGUAAGGGCGCGAAGAAGAUCACGAUAUCUCCUGAUUUCAGCCGCGACACAGUUUUUAACUCGUCGGCGGUGCUUCGUUUCCCGGAAGGUGGUCCAAAAGCCACCUUCUCCGGCGAAGAGCCAUUAAGGGAGAGGAUUUUUCAUUUUAGCAGAGAAGCCAUUCAGAAGCUUAAGUUUCGAGCUAAUAACUACUCUGUUCUAACCACUAAAACGACACCGUCCAACUGUAACGGUUUUUCUGACUCGUCAGAGACUCUUGGGAAACAAUCGAACGACAGCUGGAAAACCGUUAACAAUGGUAACGGUUUCGAUCGGACGGCUGAGAUUUCAUCCUUCCAAUCACUUUGUGCACAGCUGUGGCGCUCCGUCACACGUGCGAGAAAAAUAGAAGAGUCAAAAACGACGACGUUUCGUAUGGCCGUGAACUGCCGCCACCGUGUGGAGCCAAAGAUGGAUUCACACUACUUCGGGAACGCGAUUCAGAGCAUCCCGACCUACGCACCUGCUGGUGAGCUCAUAUCGCGGGACCUCGGGUGGUGCGCCGAUCUCCUCCACAAGAACGUGGUGGCGCACGAUAACGCUAAGGUGAGGUUCGGCGUAGAGGAUUGGGAGCGCGAGCCGAGGCUUUUCCCGCUGGGAAAUCCCGACGGCGCGUCCAUCACGAUGGGAAGCUCCCCCAGAUUCCCGAUGUACAACAACGAUUUCGGGUGGGGUCGACCCGUUGCUGUUCGGAGCGGUAAGGCAAACAAAUUCGACGGUAAAAUCUCGGCGUUUCCGGGACGAGAAGGGAAUGGGACGGUUGAUCUUGAAGUUGUUUUGGCGCCGGAGACCAUGGCUGGGCUUGAGAACGAUUCUGAGUUUAUGGAAUACGUAUCGGAAAUAGUUGUGUGAGUUGAUUCGGUUGGUCAACGAGUUAUUAGAUUUUUCUAAAAUAAUAGGAAGUUUAUUUUAUUUUAUUUUUUUUUUUUUGGGUUUUUUAAGCAUAAUACUAGAGUGUAUAUGGUUGAAAUAAAUUUGAAAUGAAAUUCUUUCAAACCAAA